AUGAAACAACGAUUAUGGCAACUGGAACCAGCAGAAUGGUCUGCAUUUUUAGCGCCUUACGCGGCAUAUAACUAUGUUGAUUUAAUGGGGAAAUUUUUGGCUAUAUUUGUUCUAAUUGAUGAUCAAUUAGUUGAAGUUGAAGCUUCAGAACAAAAAAGGUUAACAUUAGAACAUUUGUUUAUGUUUGCUCAAACAUGGAAAUUCGCAUUUCAACGACAAAAUGGCCAGGAGAUGGACAGCAAAAAUUUAGCAAGAGAAAUUCAUAAUCUUGCAUUAAAAACAAAUAUUUCUCUAUUAGAACCAUGUUUUCAAGCAUGGUCUUCUAUUGCCGAUAGUUAUGUAAGAUUCGGUGCUGAUGAAGUAUGGUGUAAUAGAAUGUGUGAUGCAAUAAAAGAAUGGAUUGAAUUAGGAAUUCGAGAAUUAAUAGGAAAGCAACGCAUAAAACAAUCAUCAUCCUUGACAGAGUUACGAACACAGAUUCCUGUUACUCUCACUUCAUACGAUCAUUCAUCCCUUCGUCAGGCAACAAGGGGAAAGACAAUGACCAUUGAUAUGAAUGGUAUGUCUCUCUUGGAAAUUCUCCUACGACAGAGAAUCGCCACCAUUGGGAUACCGAUGAUGUCACUCUUAUUAGAGCAAUCAUGUGGUCUCAAUUUAUCAUCGAUCGAUCCAUUGUUACGUCCUUCUAUCAAUAUAGCAGCAAUCAUGCCUUCAUUGGUCAAUGAAUUAGUCGGAAUGGGAAGAGAUUUAAGAGGCGAACCAAAUUUUUCAUUAAUCUAUCGUCAAAUCUUUAAUUGUUCAUUGCAACAAAGUUUUCAUUUUACUUUGACAUUACAUGAUUUGGCUAUGAAAACAUUCGAUCAGAAUGUCCAAAAGAUAAUUCAAUCUUUGAAAUCUCCUUCUUUGCAACAUUAUGUCUCAAUUUACAUGCAAUUUCUACGUCUACUAGUUCGUGGUUAUGCUCAGUGGCACCAUUAUUCAGAUAGAUACAAAAAUCGUAUUGCACUAGAUGAAACACAUAAACAAAUACUAAUAUGUUCGGUUGCCGAUGGUCAAAAUCAACGUUAUGAUGCCGUGCAAGAUGCAUUACAACAAUAUCGAUCGCAUAAAGUAAUACACGAAAGUCUUCAGUAA